AUGCGAGCAUCUGUCAUUCAGGAUCUCAGGAAAGACGAAAAUGAGAAUGAGGAAGAAGAAGACAAGGUCUUCCUCAAGCCUGUUAUUGAAGACAAAAAUAUGGAACUGGCCCGAAAAUGCAGUGAAAUAAUAAGUGAUAUACACUAUAAAGAAGAGUUUAAAAAAUCUAAGGGCAAGUGCAUAUUUGUACCUGACACCCUACAACUAAAACAUGUGAAAAGUCUUGGUGCUUUUAUUUCUGAGGUGAAGUACAAAGGAGCUGCUAAGAAAAACCUUUCCACCUCUCUUUAUCAGCAGAUGCCAGCCACAAUUGAUAGCGUAUUUGCAAAAGAAUUAACACAACUUCAGAGCAAGGUUCUCUAUAAACAAAAGCAUGAUGCUGAGAAAGGAACUUCAGAUUAUGCACAUAUGAAGGAGCCCCCAAAUAUUAAGCAUGCCAUGGAAGUCAAUAAAUACCAGAGUGGUGUAUCCUAUAAGAAGGAUGUGCAAGAUACUCAUAGAUAUACUGAAGUGCUGAACAGACCAGACAUAAAGAUAGCAACUGGGAUAACAAAGUUAAUAAGUGAUGCUGAAUACAAGAAAGGAAGGGGAGAGAUGAAUAAGGAGCCUGCUGUACUUGGAAGACCAGAUUUUGAACAUGCUAAAGGAGUUUCAAAACUGUUAAGCCAAGCGAAAUACAAAGAACAGUUCAGUAAGGAAAUGAAGAGCCACCAAUAUAAUCCUCUUGACAGUGCUUCCUUCAAACAAGCACAGAUUGCAUCCAUCUUGGCAAGUGAUGUGAAUUACAAGAAAGAUUUGGAAAGCCUGCAUGAUCCAGCCACUGAUCUGCCAAACCUGCUAUACUUAAACCAUGCUUUAAAUAUCAGCAAAAUGCAUAGUGAUUAUGAAUAUAAGAAAUCAUUUAAGCAAAGCAAGGGCUUCUAUCAUUUCACCCCGGAUACAGCUGAACAAAUCCAUCACAAAGAAAAUGCAGUGCUUCAAAGUCAGGUCAAGUACAAGGAGAAUUAUGAAAAAUCUAAAGGCAGAUCAAUGCUGGAGUUUGUGGAUACACCAAUGUAUCAAGUGUCAAAGGAGGCUCAAAAGAUGCAAAGUGAGAAAAUGUAUCGCAAAGAUUUUGAAGAAGGGAUCAAGGGAAGACCCUCAAUGGAUUUAGACAAGACCCCAGAGUUUUUGCAUAUAAAAGAAGUCACUAACCUUCUGAAAGAGAAAGAGUACAGAAAAGAUUUAGAAGAAGGGAUGAAAGGAAAAGGAAUGACAGUGUUUGAAGAUACACCAGAUUUGAUUAGAGUGAAAAAUGCAGCUCAGAUACUAAAUGAGAAACAAUACAAGAAAGACCUGGAAACUGAAAUUAAAGGGAGGGGCAUGGAUGUUGGUCCAGAUACUCCUGAGAUAAGACGAGCCAAGAAAGCUUCUGAAAUUGCAAGUAUGAAAGAAUACAAGAAAGACUUGGAAAAUGAAAUUAAAGGAAAGGGAAUGGUAGUGGGCAUGGAUACCCCUGAUAUACAACGAGCCAAAAAAGCUUCUGAAAUUGUAAGCCAGAAAGAAUAUAAAAAGGAUCUGGAGACUGAAAUUAUAGGAAAAGGAAUGCAAGUUGGUCCAUAUACUCCUGAAAUACAACGGGUCAAAAGGGCUUCAGAGAUAGCAAGCCAGAAAAUGUACAAAGAUGAAGCAGAGAAGAUGCUCUGUAACUAUUCUGCUGUCCCAGAUACUCCAGAGAUGGAGAGGAUAAAAAGUACUCAGAAAAACAUCAGUUCAGUGUUUUAUAAGAAGGAAGUAGGGGCUGGCACAGCUGUAAAAGAGACUCCAGAGAUUGAGAGGGUAAAGAAAAAUCAACAUAAUAUUAGUUCGAUUAAAUACAAGGAAGAAAUUCAGCAAGCAACAACUAUUUCUGAUCCACCCGAACUAAGGAGAGUUAAGGAUAACCAAAGGAAUAUUAGCAAUGUUUGCUACAAAGAACAGCUCUGCAAAGCUACACCUGUGAGUGUCACCCCCGAGAUGGAAAGAGUCAAGAGAAAUCAAGAGAAUGUCAGCAUGGUUCACUACAGAGAGCAGCCUGGCAAAGCUACUGCUGUGAGUGUCACUCCUGAAAUGGAGAGAGUCAAGAAGAAUCAAGACAAUAUCAGCUCGGUCAAGUACAGCAGUGAUCAGAGGCAGAUGAAAGGUAGACGUAGUGUGCUUCUAGACACACCUGAGCUAAGGCAUGUCAAAGAAACACAAAACAACAUCUCAAUGGUAAAAUACCAUGAAGAUUUUGAGAAGACAAAAGGCAGAGGCUUCACCCCAGUGGUAGAUGAUCCUAUAACAGAGCGGGUGCGGAAAAACACCCAAAUCGUGAGUGAUGCAGCUUAUAAAGGUGUGCAUCCACAUAUCGUUGAAAUGGAUAGAAGACCUGGUAUAAUUGUUGAUCUUAAAGUUUGGCGCACAGACCCUGGCUCCAUCUUCGACAUUGAUCCUCUGGAGGACAAUAUUCAGUCUAGGAGUCUGCAUAUGCUUUCUGAAAAGGCAAGCCGUUACAGUAAGCAGUAUUUACAUUCUACCAGUUUGGGAGAUUAUAAAUCAGAUGGCUCUGACACGAACCCUACCUUUUCUUACUGCAGUGAGAUAACAAAGCCAUCUGAUGAAGGAG